GGAUCUUCGUUGCCGGUGUCCACUUCACUGUCUGUCGGCUUCAGACUCUUAAAGUUUGGGACCCGGAAUUGGCCUCUUAGUGCAAUAUUUCAAGAUUAAUACACACAAAAAUGAAUAGAGACAAACAUAGUCAAUUAUUUGACGUCCACGCGGGCACCUGGCUGGAAUUGUAGGGUUUCAGCGUAAUAACAUGGGCUGACUGUGCUUCAACGCAACACAGCUCAGUGCUUGGUAAGCUAGCGGUUAUUGACAUGCUACAGUAGCUAAAGAUGUAGGCGUUGCACACUUCUGAAGCCACCACCUAGACACUCACCACCUACAGCAGGUGCUACCUCACGCCGGAAGCAGGACUGAGUCACCAUGGGCACCAAAGUGGCUGUGUGCUGCACUCUAUUAUACAUCGUACUGGAUGUUAUCACCACCACUGUUCUGUAUACAAGAGGACUGCACUUGAUCACAUUUAAAGAGGAUGUGCUGGACUUCAACAUCCUCCAAUCAAUGUUGGAAGUCUGGGGGACUAUGCUGCUUCGAGCCUCCCUCCUUCUGGGAGCUUCAAUAGGGUUGUUAUGGAACAAGGAUGAUGGCCCAUCGCGGGUUUCUAAACUUACCACCUUCAUCCUCCUUAUCUGCAUGAUUAUCAUCAACUAUGUCCUAGCCAAACUGCUGAUGCUGACAGAGCUGGAUUCUCUCAUCCACCAGCCUUGGCAACUAAGCUUGAUAUGUUGGACUUGUGCCUCCUCUGUGGGUGUCAUACUACUCUGGAGACAGUUAGGGAAGGAGUCCAACUCAGUGACGAGUCAUGACAGCAGGAGCAGUGGAGGAGCAGUGGAGGAGGACACUGAGAGGCUUGUAGACACAGCUGGUGAGGAGGACCAGGAGGUCGGGUGUGAAAGUCGAAAAAAGAGGAAGGAGAAGUCAACCAGCUCUGGUGCUACAAUAGGACGUCUGUUAAAGUGCUGCAAACAGGAUGCUGAGCUGUUGUCUGUAGCCACCUUUUUCCUUCUCAUCGCUGCUGUGUGUGAAGCUUUCAUACCAUACUACUAUGGAAAGGCCAUAAACAGCAUUGUGGUUGACCAGAGCAUGGAGCACCUUGCUAAACCUGUGCUCCUAGUAUCAGUACUGGCCUCAAUAAGUUCAUUUGCAGUAGGAGCGCGUGGAGGAGUCUUCACCCUAACAUUUGCUAGAUUAAACCUUCGGCUCAGGAAUCUUCUGUUUCGAACUCUGAUGGUGCAGGAAAUAGGCUUUUUUGAUAAAAACCAUACAGGCGACAUUCUUUCACGCCUGUCAGCUGACACUACGCAAGUGAGUGACCUCAUCUCUCAGAAUGUCAACAUAUUUCUGAGUGGCAUGAUCAAGAGUGCUGGCAUCUUCAUCUUCAUGUUCAAGAUUUCCUGGAAGCUCACGGUGGUCUUCCUUAUGGGAUUUCCAUUUGUUUUGCUAAUCUCCAGUUUUUAUGGCGAAUACUACAAGAAAUUGUCCAAAGAAGUGCAAACAUCUCUUGCAGAAGCCAAUAAAGUUGCAGAGGAAACUAUUUCAUCCAUGAGGACAGUAAGAAGCUUUGCCAAUGAGUGUGGGGAGGCCAGCUCCUACCACACGAAACUCUUAGUCAUGUUCCAGCUCAACAAGAAACAAGCGUUUGCUUAUGCCUGCUACAUGUGGUCUAGUUGUUUCUCAGAGCUUGUUCUACAGAUUGCCAUCCUCUACUAUGGUGGCUACCUUGUAGUUUCCAGUCAGAUAGUUACUGGUGACUUGAUUGCUUUCUUUAUCUACCUGCUUGAUCUGGGAGAAAGUCUAGAGAGUAUUGCAUCAGUGUACACAGGCCUCAUGCAAGGAGUGGGAGCUGCUGAGAAGGUUUUUGAGUAUGUGGACAGAAAACCUAAACAUCCAGCUGAUGGCACCAAUGCUCCAGAUACAUGUACUGGUCUUGUUGAAUUUAAAGACAUCACAUUUGCCUACCCAACACGUCCUGACAUUGAUGUUCUCAAGGGAGUGUCCUUCUCUUUGCGGCCUGGAGAAGUCACGGCCCUUGUGGGACCUUCUGGCAGUGGAAAGAGUUCCUGUGUGAAUUUGCUUGAAAACUUCUACCUCCCUCAUCAGGGCCAGGUGCUACUGGAUGGGAAGCCUGUCAACACCUUUAGCAAUGAAUAUCUCCACUCCAAGGUAGCUCUUGUUGGUCAGGAGCCUGUGCUGUUUGCCCGGACAGUAGAGGAAAACAUCACUUAUGGCCUGACUGAUAUCCCCAUAGAGACUGUUGUGCAGGCAGCUAUCAAGGCUAAUGCUCAUGACUUCAUCACCAGUCUCCCAAAUGGCUAUAAGACAUGUGUUGGAGAGAAAGGAACCCAAUUAUCAGGGGGGCAGAAACAACGUGUGGCUAUAGCAAGAGCUCUUAUUCGUAAUCCACGUGUCCUUAUUCUGGAUGAGGCUACGAGUGCUUUGGAUGCAGAAAGUGAACACAUUGUUCAACAGGCUCUGAACAACAUCAUGAAGGAGCAUACAGUGUUGGUGAUUGCACAUCGGCUCAGCACAGUGGAGAAUGCAGACAACAUCAUAGUAAUUGACAAGGGAUGUGUGACUGAACAGGGAUCUCACAGUCAGCUAAUGGCCAACAGGGGACUAUACUGCAAGCUAGUGCAGAGGCAGAUACAGGGCAUUGUGGCACAUGCAGAGGUUGAUCCAUCUAAAAAUGCAAGCUGGAAGUUUGAUAAGGGGCAUCAGCAAAAAAGACAAAGCAGCAGCAGUGACAGUGAGCCUGAGUGCAAUGUUCGAUACUGGAAAUGAAAUGUGUAUGACUAAAUUAUAUUAGGUUGUUUCGAUAGCAUAUAGGAAAAUUUUCACGGUAUUCACUAACUCUCAGAAAGCCUCAAAACACUGCACAGAAUCCUGGUAAAUGUCAAUGAGUGAGCAGUGAUCAAGAUAAUAAUGAUCAUUGACUUGUACGUAAAAUAUGUUGCUGUUGAUUCAGUUAGACUCAGUAUAUUUAUAUACUGUAGCGCAAGUUUGCAACAAAAGUUAUGUCAAGGAACUUUAAAAAGUUAGCUUUAAGACCUUUGAAUUGAAAAAUGCAACUUGAAAUAAAAAAGUUGAAAUGGCACAAGCA